AUGGAUUCUAAUAGAUUUUCAUUCUCAGAACCAUUUCUAUCACACAGAAGAAAGCUUUUUUCUGAGUUUAGUUUAUGUGUUGGAGCUUCUUUGCUUUUGUGUUCUCUUUUCUUUUUUAGUAACUCACUCAAAGUUCCUAAAAAUUCUGUCUUUCUUUCUGUUUUCAAUACUUCUAACAUAAACUCUUCAUUUGUUUCACACCCUUUUUCUUUAGAUAGUACUAAUCACUCUUGUUUAUCUCAGAAUAAUGUUUCUGAGAACCCUCUUAAGAGAGUUGAAGAAGGUAGUGUUGUUUUUGGUGGAACACUUGGUGACAUGAUGCAGAACUCUACUUUUAUGAGUUCUAAUGUGACCCGUAAUGAUGAUUUAUACAAUGGAAAUACUAGUGUUGUUGAGGUAAGGAAUGAAGGGGAUUUUGUUAGGGAUAAGAAUGUGAGUUUGAUCACUCAUAGUGAUGAUGAUGAACAAAUGGAGAAUAUGGAGGUUGGUUUUUUAGAUGAAAAGUGUGAUAUCUUUGAUGGAAAAUGGAUAAGAGAUUAUUCAAAACCAUAUUAUCCUUUAGGUUCUUGUCCCUUCAUUGAUAGAGAUUUUAACUGCCACCUUAAUGGGAGGAUUGAUCUUGAAUAUGUUAAAUGGAAGUGGAAGCCAAAUAAAUGUCACAUUCCAAGUUUGAAUGCAACUGAUUUUCUGGAGAGGUUACGCGGUCGGAGACUUGUUUUUGUUGGAGAUUCGUUGAACAGGAAUAUGUGGGAGUCUCUUGUUUGUAUACUUCGACAAAGCGUCCGGAACAAGAAACGUGUUUUUGAAAUUUCGGGGAAAAGAGAAUUUAAGAAGAAAGGUGUCUAUGCUUUUAGAUUUGAGGAUUACAAUUGUUCGGUUGAUUUUGUUGCUUCACCGUUUCUUGUUCGAGAAUCGAGUUUCAAAGGCAAAAAUGGCUCAUUUGAGACAUUGAGAUUGGAUUUGAUGGAUCACACAACUACAAGGUAUCAGGAUGCUAAUAUUUUAGUCUUCAAUACAGGCCAUUGGUGGACACAUGAUAAAACAUCGAAAGGAGAAGAUUAUUAUCAAGAAGGAAAUCAUGUACAUCCAAGACUCAAGGCUUUGGACGCUUAUACUCGGGCUUUAACCACUUGGGCUAAGUGGGUGGACCGAAAAAUUAACGCGAACGAAACGCAGGUUUUCUUUAGAGGAUACUCAUUUACUCAUUUCUGGGGUGGACAAUGGAACUCAGGAGGACAAUGCCACAAAGAAACGGAACCGAUAUAUAACAAAACUUAUUUACAAAAGUAUCCUUCAAAAAUGCGCGCGGCAGAGCAUGUCAUUGAGAAUAUGAAAACCGAAGUGGUGUAUAUGAACAUAAGUAGACUUACAGAUUACAGAAAAGACGGACAUCCUUCAGUAUACCGGAAAGAUUAUAAGACAACGAUGAUGAAGAACUCUUCUUCGCUAUACGAAGAUUGCAGCCAUUGGUGCUUGCCUGGCGUACCAGAUACUUGGAAUGAAUUGUUAUAUGUCUCUCUCUUAAAAUAUGGAAAGGGAACUUGGAAAGUAUGA